AUUUCCCUGUCAAAACCAUAGACUUAUACAGAUAGACUACGCGUUCUUAUAUGCGAUCUGAAGACCACAUUGAAGGACACAGAUAGUACCGGGAUCGCCGAAGUAUCGCACUCUCGCAUUGUGCAAAAAGUGGGGAGAACAAUAAAAGAGCGACCCGCCGUACAUCGUCUAUGACAUAAGCUCUUCCCCUAUUUUCUCCCUUUUUUUCCCCCAUCAAAAUAUCCAUUAAAGAGAGAAAGGAAUAAUCACAAUAUUGUUCUCUCAUUGCUGGGUUACCUUCACUGCCUCUUACCGACAGUGUUACGUUACGUCUUACGGAAAUGCGUAGUAUAUCUGUAUAUGUCUAUGAUUGAAGUUGAAACACGUGUUCAAUGUAUGACGUAAGCAUAUAACGAGAUAUUGAAAUAAUCUGAAUCAGCUGUCAUUGCAAUGUUAAACAUAACCAGAGAAAUGUACAUCUAAGUGACGAAAAUAUUUUAAAAAUGAAGUUUUAUUCAAUUAGUAAUAAACUCUUAUAUAAAAGUUUUAUAAUUUAUAUUAUAUCUUUUGGUUUUAAUGUGUGGGCUGUAGUGUCAAAUGCGCAGGAGAUUUCUAACCUCAGGCACGAAAAUAUCACAUUGGACAGUACAAAUAUCGUAUUAAAACAUUUCACGCCAACAAAGAUAAGUACUGAUGUAUCAAUAGAAUCGCAUACAUCAGAAAACUCUGAUAGCAAUAAUUUAAAAUUGAAUGCUACUACUUCAAAUACAGUAAAUACAUCUCAAAAUAUACCUACAACCUCAGUUCGACCAGAUAGUGAUAUUAAUCAAACGACAGAAAAAGUUAAUAUAAUAUCUACAACUAUUAUUAAUGAUAAAAAUGGGAACAAUAUGUCAGAUUUCACAAUUCCAUCACAAGUUCCAGAUAUUAAUAAUGCAACAAACACAAGUACAACAACAAUUGUGCCAGCAGAACCAGUAUUACCCGAUAAGGGAUCUGCAGAAGAAGAACAUAAUAGUUCUAUGUCCAUAUUUUUUGUCCUCUGUGUUUUAGCUUUAGGUAUUUUACUUAUACAUCUUAUGUUACAAACAAAUUUUCAAUACCUACCAGAGUCGGUGGUGAUUGUUUUCUUGGGGGGAGCUAUUGGUAUGAUUAUAAAUCUCAUGUCAAAUCAAAAUAUAGCUAAUUGGAGAAAAGAAGAAGCCUUUUCUCCAACUGCAUUCUUUCUCGUACUUCUUCCACCUAUUAUAUUUGAAUCAGGAUAUAAUUUGCACAAAGGAAAUUUCUUUCAAAAUAUUGGUAGUAUUUUAGUUUUUGCUAUAUUUGGAACAGCAAUAUCUGCAUUUGUUAUUGGAGCUGGAAUUUAUUUGUUGGGAUUGGCACAGGUAGCAUAUAAACUUAGUUUUGUUGAAAGUUUUGCAUUUGGAUCAUUGAUAUCAGCAGUAGAUCCUGUUGCUACUGUAGCUAUAUUUCAUGCUUUAGAAGUAGAUCCAGUAUUAAAUAUGUUAGUUUUCGGUGAGUCUAUAUUAAAUGAUGCCAUAUCAAUUGUAUUAACUACAUCUGUGUUGGAGUCCAAUAAUGCAACAACUACCAGUGAAGCCAUUAUACUUGGCUUAAAUAGAUUUUGUCUUAUGUUUUUUGCCUCUGCUGGCAUUGGAGUUGUUUUUGCUCUCAUAAGUGCUUUAUUACUUAAACAUGUGGAUCUCAGAAAAAAUCCCUCUCUUGAAUUUGGACUUAUGUUGGUAUUUACUUAUGCACCUUAUGUUUUGGCAGAAGGCAUACAACUGUCUGGUAUUAUGGCAAUUUUAUUUAAUGGGAUUGUAAUGUCACAUUAUACACAUUUCAAUUUAUCAACUGUUACUCAAAUUACAAUGCAACAAACUAUGAGAACUUUAGCGUUUAUUGCCGAAACUUGUGUAUUUGCAUAUCUAGGAUUAGCUUUGUUUAGUUUCAGACACAGGGUUGAACCAGCAUUGGUUAUAUGGUCUAUAGUUCUGUGCCUGAUUGGAAGAGCUGCAAAUAUCUUUCCUUUAGCUUUUCUUGUAAAUCGUUUCCGGGAACAUCAGAUUACUAGAAAAAUGAUGUUCAUAAUGUGGUUUAGUGGUUUACGUGGUGCUAUUUCUUAUGCUUUAUCAUUGCAUUUGGAUUUUAGUGAUGAAACACGACAUGUGAUUAUAACCACUACUUUAAUUAUUGUAUUGUUUACAACAUUAAUAUUUGGUGGUUCUACUAUGCCAUUACUGAAAUUUUUGAGAGCAGAAAAGAAGCAAAAGAGUAAUAGUAGAAGGAAAAGAAAAGAUAAAGAAAUUUCACUAAGUAAAACUAGAGAAUGGGGACAAACAAUAGAUUCUGAACAUUUAUCAGAACUUACAGAAGAAGAGAUUGAAGUAUCUUUUCUUCAGUCCCGUAUUCGUGGUUUUGCAAGAUGGGAUCUAAAAUUCUUUAUCCCCUUUUUCACAAGGAGGUUUACACAGCAAGAACUGAAAGAUUGUAAAUCUCAAAUGACAGAUUUAACAAAUCAAUGGUAUCAAGCCAUCCGAAUUAGUCCAAUGGAGUCAGAUGAUGAAGUAACAACUGCAUCAACAGCACAACUAAAUAUAAAUUUGUCCGUGGAAAAUCAGAAUCAAAUACAUGGAAAACAAAGCAAAAGACGUCCAAGUCAUGGGUCUAUAUUAAAGAGGACGAGGAUUGGUCUGAUUAAUUAAUGAUCAAGUAAAUUUAGUAACAAGUAAAUUAUAUAUAAAUUUAUGAGUUGUUUCAUCAGUUAAAAAUACCUGCAAACUCAUAUUGUAGAAAUUGACAUUGCAUUAAUGUUAGACAAAGUAUAAAAAUAACAAAUUCCUACAUUAUA